UGUCAGUUUUCUUUUUUGUGCUGAACAUUUCCCCUCUAUAAUUCUGUGUUGCUUAUUGACGAACAAUUAUUUUUCACAGUGAAUUUUCAAUCAAAAAAAUUUUAAAAUCACAAUUGGCUAUCAUUUUUGAAUCUGGAGUCGCCAUGGAAACUACUGUAUCGCCUACUAGGACUGGCACACAUAAAGAAGAAAAGUUGUCCACUUCUGUUCUUACAUCUACAAACGCAAUUACAACACCAGCGACGCCAUUGCAGAAUUUACCUAUAGAAUUACAAAAUGACCAGAAGCGCAGAAGCUCAUCUCGUUCAAUCAAACGUAAACGUUUCGACGACGAAAUUGUAGAGUAUAGUAUUGGAUUCCCACAAUCACGCGGAGAAGCAAAAGCCGGACGUCAGCGCACUAUAUCUCAAACAACUGCACAGACUCAAUCUUUGUCGGCAGCAAUACUGCAAGCGCCUACACCUACUAUAAGCAAUCUUGAAAUUACAUCGUCCAUCGUACGAGAGACACCUACAUUAGCAUCUGCACCGAUUGCGAAUAGUGGAAGUGUAUCUCUUGGUGGUGUUUCUACGUCUUUACCACCUGCUCAUCCUGCGGUAAUUAAGCAAACAUCACCUUCGAUGGAACGGUCAUUAACGGCACAUGGUACUGAUAAAAGACGUCCUCCUCGUUCAAAUAAAAAGUCUAAAAAAACUGGUCGACCUCCAAGCCAAAUCACAACCAAGGAUUUAGGUCGCUGGAAACCUAUUGAUGAUUUAGCUUUGAUUAUUGGUAUACAACAAACUAAUGACUUACGCAUGGUGCACCGAGGUGUAAAGUUUUCCUGUAAGUUUACUUUACAAGAAUUGCAAUCACGUUGGUUUUCAUUACUGUAUGAGCCAGCAAUUUCUCGCAUCGCCGUGGCAGCUAUGCGUAAUCUUCAUCCAGAACUUGUAGUAUCGGUUCAAAGCAAAGCGCUUUUUAGUGUGCAAGAAGAGGAACUACUUGGAACCAUAAAAAGUACUGAUAAUCCAAAAUUGGAACAGUUCCAAGACUUGCUGGAAAAAAAUGCAUCUAUAUUCUAUGGAGCACGGACAGCUAAAUCAUUACAAAACCACUGGCAAAUGAUGAAGCAGUAUCAAUUGCUGCCAGAUCAAGUGGUGAAACCAUUGCACAUGAGUGACCAACCAUUAAGCUUCUCGGAUGCUGAAGAUCUAAUACUUGAUGCCGAGUUAAACGAUCAACGCGAUGAGGCCUUGGAGAUUGAGUUAGCAUUAAAUGAUCGACAAAAUAAGCGAGAAAUUCGUCUUUUGGAAAAUGAAUUAAGUCGCUGGAAUGUCUUAGUUGAUUCUGUUACUGGUGUAGCACCACCAGAAUUCGAUGGUCAGACUCUAGCAGUGCUUCGCGGUCGUUUGGUUCGUUAUUUAAUGCGUUCGAAAGAAAUCACUUUUGGUCGUUUUGUUGAAGAUUCACAUGUCGAUGUCGAUUUAUCGCUAGAGGGUCCAGCAUGCAAAAUAUCUCGUCGUCAGGGCACAAUUAAACUGCGUAGCAACGGCGAUUUCUUCAUUGCUAACGAGGGCAAGAGACCCCUUUUUAUUGACGGCGUUCCACUCUUAACUGGAAAUAAGACUCGUCUCGCUAACAACUGUGUUGUUGAGAUCUGCAGUCUACGUUUCGUGUUUUUGGUAAACUAUGAACUAAUUAAUGCUAUACGGCAUGAGAGCGCUAAAACAACAACUUCUUUAAAUUAGAUUUAAGUUUGCUAUUAAGCUUUUGAAUAUUAUUUAUAAGUAACCAUCUAAUUUUACCUUUUGUGAAUUUCAAAUACACAAAUUAAUUAAAUG